CCGGACUUAGAUUCCGACACACACACAAACAGAAUGAGAGAGGAGGAGGGCUGGUGUGAGAGAGAGAGUGCAAAGGGGGCAGGACUCUUUCUCUCUCUCUUUCUCUGGUGCUUUUAAGAGGAAACUUUGUGUUUUGUUCUACAAGUUCACUUUAGUUCCUCCUCGUCUAUUCUCGCGCCUCUCUCGUGUUUAUUUUGUAGAAGAUGCGCACGCGGACAAAUGGACCAGUUUCCUAAAUUCGCCUUAAACAUCUCAUGCGGAUUGCAAAAGUCUUUGACUAAACGACACGUUGGACUAAACAACAUUUCUCCAUCGGAUUAAAUCAUGUGGCGGAUUGUUUUGUUGUGCUGCGCGCUGUCCGCUGCGUUGAGCGCAUCUGGCUCCAUUGCGUCCAGCGCGUUCUCUACACCUGCCAAAGCGUCCUUGCGCACACCUGCCCACCGGACCGGCGGCGUCGUGCGCACUGUGGAUCGGAUAUAUCACGGGGGAGGGAAAGCGGGGUAUCUGUUAUACAUGGACGGCCAGCGGUUUCAGUUGGAUAUGGAGCGGGAUGAGUCGAUAUCGUCCCGUUACUUAAGCACGGGAGAGGACGCGCCGCCGCUGCGCCGGGAAUGCGUUUACCGCGGAACCGUGAACACAAACGCAGAGUCUUUGGCGGUGUUUAGUCUGUGUGGCGGUGGACUUCAGGGGUUCUUUGCCGUGGAUCACGCCCGGUACACCAUCACGCCUCUCGUACGGGCAAAAGGACACGAGAACGACUUGCGUGUAGUCGAGGAUGCUGACGCGACACACUCUCUCCACUAUUACACCCGCGAGCGCUUCAGUUUCAAAGCCAUGCCCGAGCUGCACAGCUGCGGCACGCGUGACGCGAAAAAACGUAAACGGACGCGCAAAACCCCUCGUCACGGUGAGGAUGACUACGCGCGUGGACGAAACUGGUGGGCAAAGUUCGUCAGGUCAGACACGACGAAGCGACGCAAAAGGUCCGUGUCUCGCGCACGGCACGUGGAGCUCCUGCUGGUCGCGGAUGACACCAUGACGAAGAAAUACGGGAAGGACCUGCAUCACUACCUGUUGACGCUCGCAUCAAUCGCGUCCAAACUAUACGGUCACGCCAGCAUCGAAAACCCCAUUCGCUUGUCCGUGGUAAAGGUCGCGGUUCUGGCCGAGGGCGAGAAGGGGAUUGAUAUCUCCAAAAACGCAGCGGCGACCCUCAAGAGUUUCUGCAAGUGGCAGAACCAGCAGAACCCCCUGGAUGAUGACCACCAGCAUCACCAUGACGCCGCCAUCCUCUUCACCAGGCAGGAUCUGUGUGGACAUCAUUCAUGCGACACUCUCGGCAUGGCUGACGUGGGCACCGUGUGCUCUCCAGAGAGGAGCUGUGCCAUCAUUGAGGACGACGGGCUGCACGCGGCGUUCACCGUGGCGCACGAGAUCGGACAUCUUCUGGGCCUGUCUCACGACGAUUCCAAGUUUUGUGAGGAACGCUUCGGCGCCACUGAGGACAAGCGGCUCAUGUCAUCCAUCCUGACCUCCAUCGAUGCCUCCAAACCCUGGAGCCGCUGUACGUCGGCCACCAUCACAGACUUCUUCGACGACGGCAACGCCGAGUGUCUGUUGGAUUCCCCUCGCCAGCCUCUGCUGGGUCCAGAAGAGCUCCCCGGUCAGAGUUACGACGCCGGCCUUCAGUGCCGUUUAGCCUUCGGCCCGGAGUACACCGUGUGCCCGGGCAUGGACGUGUGUGCCCGUCUGUGGUGUGCUGUAAUCAGGAAGGGCCAGAUGGUUUGUCUGACCAAGAAACUUCCAGGUGUGGAAGGUACACCGUGCGGCAAGGGAAGAAUCUGUCUGCAGGGAAAAUGUGUGGACAAAACUCGCAAGAAACACUAUUCGACGUCCAAUCACGGUAGCUGGAGCUCAUGGGGUCCGUGGGGUUCGUGUUCUCGAACAUGUGGCGGUGGCGUCCAGUUUGCAAAUCGUCUCUGCAAUAACCCCCCGCCACGCAACAACGGGCGCUACUGCACGGGAAAGAGAGCUGUCUAUAGGUCCUGUAACGUCAGCCCGUGCCCACCAGCCGCUAAGAAUUUCAGACAGGAGCAGUGUGCGCAACGGAACGGGCAUCAAACAGACCCUAAAGGAGUGAAGACUUUCGUUGAAUGGUUACCAAAGUAUGCAGGAAUUCUUCCUAAAGACAUGUGCAAGUUAACCUGCCGGGCAAAUGGGACAGGAUACUACGUUGUGUUCUCCCGGAGGGUGAUUGACGGGACAGAAUGCCGGCCGCAUAGCAGCUCCGUGUGUGUUAAAGGAAACUGUGUGCGCACGGGCUGCGACGGAAUCAUUGGCUCAAAACUUCAGUUUGACAAGUGCGGCAUCUGCGGGGGGGACGGAAACAGCUGUAUCAAAGUGGCUGGAUUUUUCACCAAGAAGAGUAAGGGCUACACUGAUGUCGUGAAGGUUCCCGAGGGCUCGACGCACUUCAAAGUAAGGCAGUACAAACCUAAAGGCCAAACGCGAUACACAGCUUACCUCUCUCUGCGGCGACCCGGUGGAGAAUACCUUCUGAACGGCAAGUUCAUGAUCUCCACAUCAGAGACGGUCAUUCCUCUCAAUGGCUCCGUUCUUAACUACAGCGGGUGGAGCCAGCGAGACGAGUACCUUCACAGCAUGGGCCCUGGAGCAUUACUAGAAAGCCUGGUGGUGCAGGUGCUCGCCACGGACGCUAAGAAGCCACUAGACAUCCGUUAUAGCUUCUUCAUGCCCCGUAAGACGCCGCUCCCCCCUCGGACGUCAAUCGCAUCUUCGGGGACCGCUGCGGCGCUGUCGUCUGUUGAGAUCUUAACAUUCACUACUGAGGUCCCGGCGACGACGGAGCCUUUGACAACGAUGCCCCCCGCAGGACCCCGGUGGGUGAUGGGACCAUGGAUGGUCUGCUCUAGGACUUGCGAUACGGGCUGGCAGAGUCGCACAGUGCAAUGCAAAGACACAAAAGACAAACUGUCGAAAGGCUGUCUGCUCGGCACCCGGCCGUCGGUGUUCAAACACUGCCUGAUAAAAAAGUGUUGAGGACCAAUGAAACGAACUGAGGGAGGAUGUAGUUUCCGGUCGACCGUGACAGGUGUCCAGCAGAGACACGGGCUACGUGGAGCACAUAGACGCUUACAUGACUGAACCGUUGCUGGUUCGUGUAGACUGACAGUUGUGUUUGUAUAAAUGCUGUUCCAUGAUUUAAACACAAUCACUGUGGGAUCCCGCAAUUGUGUUGUUUUGUGACUUGGACACAGAGCUUCAGCUCUUGCCUCAAAUGUGGAAAAGUGACCGGCAGAUCGGUCGCUCGAUGCAGUUCCGCCCCUACGACAAAACCGCAACCGUUUCACAUCAACCCCUAGCACAGAUAGUACAGUACAUUGACACUGUCAGUGUUUAAAAGUGUAAUUGGUUGCUAGUUGCGCUCCUACUUGACUGCAGUAUCCAAUUGCAUCAGAUCAUGAGCUAUAUUCAUCGUCUUGCAUUGGUAGUCAUCACUGCUCAUUAAGUCGAUAUCAACACAGACUGCCUCUCAUGAAAUGAAAUGACUUCAGGUCGCGUGUCACAGCAAGUCGCCUUGGAUUAACUGUAUGUCUAUUCUAAAAUAAGCUCAAAGCAUUGCAAACUGCCGAACGACUAGAGUCGGCAAUCCAAAAAUCGAAUAUGGUUGUUCAGAAAAGAAAAUCAGGUUCAGUUUAUCCUCAACGUCUGAUUGAGACAUCUGAUGUGUGCAAAAGUUUGUAUGUUUGGCCACGCCCCCAUUAUUUUCGUACAAAAACAUGACCAAAAAAUACCGUGGUAUUUUGGACAAUUGACCAUUAUAGUGGUAGUGUAUGUAAAUUUCAGUGCCAUUGUGUAUAUCAGGGUACCAUAGUAUAACAAUCUGAUGCCUUCACAGAACAUUUAAAAAAAUAAAGAUUCCUUUAAGGGACAGUUCAGCUAAAAAUGAAACUUCAGUCACCAUUUACUCACGCUCAAGUUGUUCAAAACCUGUAUACAUUUCUUUGUUCUGUUGAACACAAAGAAAGAUAUUUUGAAGAAUUUAGCAAUGCAAAGCGUUCUGGGGCGCCUUUGACUAACAUAUACAUUUUUCCUACUAUGGUAAUCAAUCAUGUUCCAGAACUGAAACUAACUGUCAUUCUUCCAAAUAUCCUUUUGGUUCAGCAGAUCAAAGUGAUUUACACAGAGUUAGAACAACUUGAGGAUGGGUCAAUGAAGACAGAAUUGUCAUUUUUGGGUUAACUGUCCCUUUAUAGGGGUCUCUGUUGGGCUGUAUGGUUGUAUAAAGAACGUCUUUAUAUUGGAAAAAGUUUUUUUUAAUAUGCUUUAAUCACAAGAGAAAGAAAUGGGGGUUUUAAGAGCAGUCAAGAACAGGUUUUAAGUAAAAGAACCUGAAAGGUGGUUCUUUCAUGGCAUCCCUUUAGAGGCCCUUUUUAGUAUCUUUAUUUUUCAGACUGAACUAUACUAUCAUCACUGUACUUUUUUAAUGUUUCUGUACCCUGAACACUCGCAACCAGCCAAUCAUAUUCAGAAACACGCCAUUUCCGUGGUCCCUGCACACCUGUUCCACAGCUCGGCUUCGUUUCUGAGACCAAACUUUUGGAAAUAAUGACACGCAGUGUGUUUUUAUGCUGCAGGGCUAAAAUAUACAAACAGUCUGGAGGCUUUUGAUGUGACUCGUGUAAACGAUCGCUGAUGAAUUGAACUUCCCUACGCUGGCCUACACACAGGUCAAAUGCCCCCCUUUCAACUCAGUGUGUGUUAAAGGGAUACUUCCCCCAAAAUAUUUUAUUCUGUCAUCAUUUACACUUCGAGUUGUACAAGUCUGUAUAAAUGUCUUUGUUCUUAUGAAAGAUAUUUGGAAGAACGCUUGUUAGGAAAAAUUAACAUUUUGAAGAAUGUAGGACAGCUAACCGUUCUGGGGCACUUUUGACUGCCAUUGUAUUUUUUCCUAUUAUGGGAGUCAAUGGGGGGCAAAAUCUGUCUGGUUAUAAGCAUUCUUCCAAAUAUCUCUCUCUGUGUUCAUCAGAACAAAGAAAUGUAUACAGAUUUUGAACAACUCGAAGGUGAGUAAAUGAGAGCAAACUUUUCAUUUUUGUUUGAAGUAUCCCUUUACAGCCUUCACGCUAGUCAUACAUUAGAAUAAGCAUGCAUAUACACACUUCUUAAAGAUACAGUUCACCCAAUAUGGCAAUUCUUUCAUCAUUAAUUCACUCUCAUGUCAUUUCAAACCUGUAAAGCUUCUUCGUCCACAAAACACAAAAGAAGAUAUUUUGAAGAAUGUUGGUAAGCAAACGACACCGAUUCCCUUUGAGUUCCAUUGUAUGGACACAAAACAACUGAGACAUUUCUCAAAAUAUGUGCAGAUGUACAGACAAAAUAGUCACAUACAGGUUUUAAAUGACAUGAGGGUGAAUAAGUAAUGACAAUUUUUUAUAUUUGGGUGAACUGCCCGUUUCAACAACACUAGUAACGUGUUCAUUUCAACUGCGUCUGUUUAUUAAAAGUGAUGUGAGCAAUGUCAGGUGCAUUUCUAAAUUCAGCACGCUCUCUCUCUGUCUCUCCAAUCGUAUCUCUCCAAAGACGUGUCAUGUGACCUGCGACAGGUGCGAUUCCUCACUGAUAUCUGCGCGGUUAAAGCAACAGUUAAUGCAUCGGUCCAAACGGAUCAUCCUUAAAGAUGAUUCAUUUCAGCACAGAUUCACUUCACUGAACUCAUGAGAUUAAUUUCAUUACAGUGUUUUUGGUGAACGGAUUCAGAACUUGACAUAUUUCAUCUGUAAUUUUAACGCAGGAAUGUUUUCACUCAUCUCAGCAGAAAACCGUUGUACUGAAUACACACAGCACUGAUUUUAUAAUUUAUUGUUUGUACUGGUAUGUGAAAAACACAUGAAUUUUAUUUAUUGUUCUGGUAAUUUUUUGGCUCAUAUUUACUAUUUAACUAGAAAUAUGACUGAGCGGAAUAUUUCCUUUCUAAGAAAUUGUUUUUAAACCAUCUUCAUGAAUAUAUUUGUACUGUACAGUAUAUAAAAAUCACUAUAUUUAAAAGUU